AUGGCCGAGUACAUCUGGAUCGACGCUGAUGGCGAGACCCGUUCCAAGUCGAGGGUACGUUCACACAACAACCACCUUGUCUUUCUUAUCCCCUCCUUUGGCUUUUUCAUAUUUUCCCCGGGCCCUUCGUGGUGCUCCAGACGCUCUAGCCCGCUAUUCCACCGGAAAAUGUCACUCACCCAGCCCUUUCCUGUUGCGAUGCGACACAGUUUGAGAUGGCUCAUGCCUUCACUCUGA